CGAACCCAACUUAGUAAGAUUUUGAAAUUGCAGUGUUCGCAGCGUGCGUCCACGAGCGACGACGAACUGGUCUACGGGGCCGAUUCGACUCGCUUUCUGAUUCUCCCCCUUUUUGCUCCCCCCAAUCCCACCUGUAAACAUUGGCGUCGCGGCCUUCCAAGUUCCAGCAGACCAGUUGCUUGGCGAGUCUUGCCAGCCGUACUCGAAGAGAGCAGGCCCUUUAUUCAACUCCCCUCUCGGAUCUGGCUCGGCGAACCCUGUAACCGCUGCCAUCCAUGAACAAGUUGCCUUCAAUGACUGAUACUACUGGUCCCAUCCAAGUCGGUGCACCGCGCGCCAGGCAUGAUAUUUUUAAUCUCACGUACUCGAGCCAGAGGCAGAGAGCCUUUGAGGGUUACGAGAGAAGAAUGAAGCAGCUACAGGAAGUAUUGAAAAAAUGGGUGGUCAUCAUCAGAGAGAUCAAUACGGAUAUAGUUUUGGCCGAUGCGAUUGAUAAAAUCCAGGACAGUUUACGUGGCGUUUCGGAUGCUAUGCGAAGAAUCGUUCGCCCGCUCUGGGGCGGCGCGACGCCUUCAGAAAUGAAAAUUGGUCAAAAAGACCAAUAUUUAUCUGACGCUCUUCCGGAAAUACUUGAAGGACUAGCGCAGGCCGUCGACGAGUUUAUCUCGGGUUUGAGUACUCUGCCAUUUUGGGGUCAUAUUAGACGUCGCGUCGUGGAGGAGGCGCAUCGGUCGCUACUCGACUUCAACCGAGACCUGUUGUAUUGGAGUAUCAACUUACGCCAGUUCUCUGGCGAUUUUUAUAAAAAUGCUAUCCGUCACCACGUAUCUACAGUGGCUGACCACAUGUCAGAUCAUUUUGACAACGUGACAAAAGCGCUCGAAGACUAUGGUCUGUACAUGAUCAAGUUUUACGAACGACGCCCAGCAUUUCAAAAUUUGUCAACAGUCGCCACCCUCUUCGCUGGAGUGUCUGCAUCCAGCAUCCAGUUUAGUUACGAUGGCCACCGCGAGUCAACAUUUCAAGCUGUCGAGUUUUUGUGGAUACUUUCGCUUUGCUUUUCUAUUGCCAGUGCCAUCGGUAGUCAAGCGAGUUAUCAAUUGUCUUCGGCUGUGUACAUCAAAUCGGAUGCGAUACCCCCAAUGUGGGUCUCAGCAUGGAUUGUGACCGCCCCUUUUAUCUUCCUACUCAUAUCGGUGGGAUCGUUCGCUUUAGGCAUCGCCCUCUUCACAUUUUUGAAGUUUGACAAUGCUAGAUACGCUCCCGUCUUAGUAACCAUUGCUUUAGCAACAUGGGUCAUGGGGUCAAUCUGCGCGUAUAUGUGGUUCUUUAUCGAUCUGAAUCUUGGAUCUAUUGCAGAGAAGUGGGCCGGGGUACGCAGACGCACCCCAACACCGCUGAGACGCACCCAACAUGCACUUUUUAUCGGUCUCCAGGUGGACGAUAUAGAAAAGAAUCAUCUAGCUCACCCUAAUUCAUGGGAUUGGGUGGUACCCCCUGUAGCCAAUCAACCUCCCCCAAGACAGCCGAUCAGACGCGAGACCUUUGAACCUACACUGUGGGACCGCCUAGUACCCCUCCUGUGGAAGCUGGGCAGUGCACACCCUGAGCACAAACCAAAUGACAGAUUGCGGAGGCUCAUCAUGCGCGUAGUCGAGCAUAAUCGCACAUCAGGUCCUGGCCAUGACCGUGCUCGAAUUAGGCGGGAAAAUAAUUGGAGGAGGAUUGAUAGCAACAGGAUGGCGUUUUCUUCAGGGGGCUAUUUCGACGAAUGGACUGGGAUCCACGUUUCAGCUGUUCACGACAUCCAGUUCAGUGCGGAUGGGAAGUACAUGGCGACCUGUUCGCAAGAUCAAACAAUUGUCAUUUGGACUGUAGAUCCGUCCGACGGUGUCAAUGUUCUCUAUUCAUCACCACUGCCCCUUCUGAUUUCCCAGCUGCUUCGCCUCUCUUGGCACCCCAAAUACCCUUUAUUGGCGGUGAUGCCAGCCAGGAGUGAUACAUUGAUUAUCUGUGACAUCUCAGAUACCAAACCCACCAUUAGUCCUCUUAGGACUAGCUUCAGCGCUCCAGUGAGGGCUAUUGCUUGGAUGCCGAACAACAAACAUCUCGUUUAUGGUGAAGAUCAUCACAUCCGGUGUAUUAAUGCAAAAUGGGAUAACCCAUCCAAUGUACAGAAUGUCGAACAGGAUGUCGAAUGGGAUAUCGAACUUUCAUAUUCGCUUGACAAAGUUGCAAUAACCCCAGAUGGUACUAGGGCCAUCGUGAUUUGUAUGGUGGAUAAAGUGGAUAAAGUGGAUAUAAGGGGUACUGUGGAAAUCAAGCCAUCAAGAUCCCCUCCUGAACGAAGGAUCAUCUUAAUCAACAUAGAAGGACGACAGAUAAUUUUUGAGAUGCCAACCCUAAACCAAGUUCGCGGUUUAGAUAUAUCCUCUUAUGGAGCCUUGGUACUCGUCACGUAUGAGGGAAAGGCAUCUCCGCAGCUGUUCCGUAUUCACUCAGCAAAGCUCGUCCUUUUGCAAACAUACUGCUUGCCCGAAGAGGUGGAAUACUCAGGUUCUGGCCAGCUCGGUUUCCCCGACUGGACGUUUGGAGUGGACGGAUUACGCAAAGAUGACUGUGUUGUGAUAUCUGCUAACAAAAAAGGCACCAUAUUUAUUUGGGAUCGUGAAUCAUCCGACCUCUUAAACACCUUGGAAACACCCCUUGGCCGCGCUUCCAGUUUGACUGGGUUCGCAUGGAAUCAUGGGUCCAUUAAGAACCCAAUGAUCGCGGCUUCUUCGACAGAUGGGACCGUCUGGUUGUAUAACCGGCAAAGUUCGGACCCUGGCGCAGCCGACUGGCAGAGUACGAUUGCAAGCACCCACCCCUGAAAGCACGAUUCAUGGAAAACUCCAAAUGAGAUGACAUGUGUACAUAUGCAUUAUAUCAUGCUUGUACGCAUAAGUCUAACAAAGGUUGCUCACAAUGACCAACGCAGAGGCCUACAAUGGCCACAUUUAAAUGAUAGAUAUUGACUUACAC